AUGGCUAUUAUUUCUCUAGUAGUCAUCAACGUACACACAAGAAAGAUAAAAGCAAAGGCAUUUAGUCUCAAGCAAUUCUCAUUCUUCACUCGAGGAAAGGUAAAGGAGACAUUGACAUUUAUUUCACAAGAGCUUGCAGAAAAGUUGGAGACAUAUGAGUUCCAGGAGUACACACACGAAUUCAAUGAUGAAAAGGCCUAUAAGCUGUUUAGUAUGGUACAUAACGACUAUGCUUACAUAGCAUGUGCAGACGAUGACUAUCCCGGGGUUGUGGCCUUGAGACUUUUACAGGAGGCAAGGCACGGAAACAUCGAGAAGCUCAUCGAGGAGUACAAAGACCCUGCAUCAAAACACACCCUCUUACAAAUACAGAACGAGGUGGAAGAGACAAAGGGGGCUUUGUCCAAGACUCUGAUGGCAGUUCUUGAACGGAAUGACAAGCUGGAGGAUCUGGUUGCCAAGUCCGAGCAUCUCUGUUAUGAGACGAAACUGCUGUUCAAGAGUGCAAAAAAGAAAAAUAAGUGUUGCUGA